AUGAAUUGCCAAACUGACUGUGAGCCAGCUGAAGACCAAAUGAAUUGUGAUGAUUCAGACCCAGACUGGAUUCCAGAUGGUGCGGAUAUAACGGAAAAUAAUUGUAAUCGCAUGGAUGCAGGAAAUACUGAGCCAGAUAAAGCCAGGAAUUUGACUACCUACAACAGACUGCAAAGUACAUACAUUGUACCCUCAACUUUGUCAUGCUGGCAGUUUCAGCAAUCUGUGUAUAUGGCUAACAUUAAGAGAAAUGGCAGUUCAAUCAAACUUGGAGGAGAUGCUAGAUGUUCAUCACCUGGCCAUACUGCCAAGUAUGGCAGUUACACAGUGAUGGAUGUCCAGACUGCAAAAGUGGUUGAUACACAACUUGUUCAGUCAAAUGAAGUGAAGAAUUCCUACAACAUGGAGCUUGAAGGUCUAAAGAGGUGUCUGCAGUUUCUACAAGAUGAUGGUGUACAAGUGACUGACAUAGUGACCGACAGACAUUCUCAGGUCAAAAAGUACUUGAGAACUGACCAUCCAACAGUUAACCACUGGUUUGAUGUCUGGCAUGUUGCAAAAGGUGUGUACAAAAAGUUGGAAACCCUUGGAAAGUCCAAGAAAUAUGCCCAAGCAGGACUCUGGGCCAGGUCUGUCAGUAACCAUGUUUACUGGUGUGCUGCCAGCAGCGAGGGAAAUGGAGAACUUGUACGUCAGAAGUGGACCAGUAUCCUGAACCACAUCACUGUCAUUCAUGAGGGUCAUGGAGAUUUAUUCCAGUCAUGCCAGCAUGGAGACAUUUCAAGAAAUUGGAUCAAGCCAGUUAUAUGA